AUGUUAGACUGGUUGAUAUCAUUUCCAGGCUUUAGACUGGUCCUCACAACGGCGAAGAAGGUUUUUGGAAGGGUCAUUCGCACAGGACCAACUCCCAAGCACAUAGGCAUAAUUAUGGAUGGUAACCGAAGGUACGCUAUGAAUCACAAGAUCGAGCUAAAAGAGGGACACAAUUUGGGGUUUGAAAGUAUGGCAAGUAUUUUGGAGUUAUUAUAUGAAUCCGGAAUCGAGUGUGCUACGGUCUUUGCAUUCUCUAUCGAAAACUUUAAGAGACUGAAAUACGAAGUGAAAUGGCUAAUGGAUCUUGCUAAGCUGAAAUUCAUGCAAAUUAGUCAACAUGGGGAGUUAUGUGAAGAAUUUGGAGUUAAGGUAAAGAUAUUAGGAAACAUAUCUUUGUUGCCCAAAGACGUUCAAGAUAUUUUGAAACAGACAGAGGAAAUGAGUAAAAAUAAUACGAGAGCGGUUCUUAAUGUUUGCUUUCCCUAUACUUCUAGGGAUGAGAUUGUCACUCUGAUGAAGAGAGUUGUUGAAGAAUCACUUACUGACCCAAAUAUCGCCAUUGAUGAAAAUGCUAUAAAUCAGCACUUAUUUACAUCUGACGUACCACCGUUAGAGUUAUUAGUUCGUACGUCGGGCACAUAUCGCCUUUCUGACUUUCUUUUGUGGCAAUCAGUGAGUUCGAACUGCUCUAUAGUGUUUGUAGACAAAUUAUGGCCAGAGUUUACUCCUUGGGACAUGGCCAAAAUAUUAAUCGAUUGGGGGUUCAAUACCUAUUGGUAUGGCUCUGGAAAUGGUCCUAUGACAAGGAAAGAUCUAACUCCAAGAACUCAGAAGAGCGUAUCACUUCUUGAAAAAAAUGGCUCCACUGGAUUUGAACAUUACGAAAGUGACCACGAAUAUUUGGAGGAUGAUGAAAAUUAUGAUGAGAUUGAUGACAGCGACGCAGGUACUGAUGAAAUAAAUACAGUCACUUCUGACGAUGUUCCUGAUAUACUAAAGAAGUCACCGUAG